AUGGAUUCUUCCCUCCUCACUCUCUCCCUCCUCAUUCUGGCCCUCCUCAGCCCUCAUCUCUCCACCGCAAACCUCCACAACACAUCCCAUCUCCGGUCGCAGCCCAUUCCCCAAUCCCUUUCCGGCGCCGCCGUUGCCGCCCCUCCCACCACCUAUUUCGAAGUCGCGAAACCCAUCCCACUCCCCAAAACCAAACCCUGCUCCUAUUCAGCCCUCAAACACGAUUUCGCCUACACCUACGGCAAACCCCCUGUCCUCGCCGCCUACAAACCCCCUUCCGACUGCAACGCCGGAAAUUCCUCAAAAAUCGUACUCGAGUGGACCGCCACUUCCAAAGGACGGCAGUUCGACCGGAUCUUCGGCGUCUGGCUCGGCGGCGUCGAGAUCCUCCGCAGCUGCACCGCCGAGCCCAGAAAAAACGGCACCGUUUGGACCGUCAGAAAGGACGUCACCAGGUACCAUUCUCUUCUGACGGCCGAAAAGGAGCAAACUUUGGCCGUUUAUUUAGGUAACAUCGUCGAUAGUACAUACACCGGCGUUUAUCACGUGAAUUUGAAAUUCCACUUUUACCCCUCCGCUGAAAUUUCCGACCGCCGGCACAAUGAGUUUCUUUCCGGAGCCGACUUGAUCCUGCCCAUCUCGAGAAAUCUGCCCCUGAACGACGGGCUGUGGUUCGAAAUCGAAAACUCCACUUUCCUAGCCGAGAAAGAGCUCGAAAUUCCUCGAAAUGCGUACAGGGCCGUGCUUGAGGUGUACGUGUCCUUUCACGAGAAGGACGAGUUCUGGUUCGGGAAUUUCCCGAACGAGUACAUUUCCGUAAAUAAUCUAAGCUCUGAUGCAUACCCGGGGAACGGCCCCUUUCGAGAGGUUGUCGUAAAAUUAGAUGAUACAUUAAUUGGUGCAGUUUGGCCUUUCACCGUGAUCUUCACCGGUGGAGUAAAUCCUUUACUGUGGAGGCCCAUUACAGGGAUCGGCUCGUUUAAUCUCCCGACUUAUGAUAUCGAGGUCACACCCUUCUUGGGCUCGUUAUUGGACGGCAAAAAACAUACCUUUGGGUUUAGUGUCACAAACGCCUUGAACGUGUGGUACGUGAACGCGAAUUUGCAUCUUUGGCUAGACAAGAAAUCGGACAGAACACAAGGAAAGCUGUUGAGCCAUGUAAAUUCGCCUCUUUCUUUAUCGAUUGUCUCGAAUUAUAGUGGUUUCGAUGGACUAUUCACUACUAAUGCUAGUCGGUCGGUAGUUUCUAGUGGGUGGGUUAAAUCGUCUCAUGGGUUCAUCAAAACGAAGUCUCGUCAAGAGUUCGAGUACAAUAAUGGUAUGGCAUUAGGGAACCAUGCGAAUGUGCAGAUAUUUGAUCAGACAAUAAAGUUGAAAUCGAGUGUUGACAUAAGGAAGCCGUCAUCGAAUGUUUUGUCGGCAAAGUUGUUUAGAAAGUUCCGCACGUUCGUUCAUUCCGAUGAUACCAUCGACAGAGACAAUGGGACAGAGGUUUAUGCGGCUAAUGUGACCUUAGGUUUUUAUGAGCAGAGUCGAAAGAGUUCGGGUUUUGGAUCGAUUACGGGUAGGCUCAAGAAUCGGCAAAAUGGACAAGGAUAUAUUGUGAUUGUAAACGGCAGCGUGGUGAAUGGAGUUGGUAGUACUCAGCAAGAUUACAGUUAUUCUGAUGGCAAAGUUUGCUAUUCAAGGAAUGUGAGUAGCUCGAAUUAUACUAUACUGCAUGAUGUGGAGAGAAAUACUUGCAGAAAGCACUGA